AUGACUUCCACGAAAUCUGUGGAUAGGCUAGUAGUGAGGUUCGUGGUGGAUAACUGCAUAGAAUGGAUGACGAAAUUGCCACCGGGGUUCACGCAUGAGAUGAGGCAGCAUUUGGCUGAGCAGGAACCCCCGGUGGACCCCCUCACUGGCGUGCCGUUCUUAGAUCUCGAGCAUUACUGCUGCGGGGCCCACGGAUUCUCCGCACUUAUCGAGACCCAACUCGAAGGCUCACCCCCACACCUCACGCUCUUCGACACGGGCCCUGACUCACGCGCGAUCGCGCGCAACCUUGACUCGCUGCAAAUUCCGAUAGAGCGCGUGGAGCGCGUCAUCCUCUCGCACUGGCAUGCCGACCACAGCGGUGGGAUGCUGACGUUCCUGCGACUCCGCGCCGCGGCGCAGGUAAAGCAGCCCGAGUCAGAACGUACGCCUUGCGCGGUCGAUCUGCAUCCCGACCGACCCAUUGCUCGGGGGAUAUCCUACCUCGACAAGAUCCUGGGACGUCUCCCCGACGACCCGAGUUUUCAGCAGAUCGAAGCUGAAGGUGGGGUUGUCGAGAAACACGGUGAGGGACAUGCGGUUUCUGGGGAUACUGUCUGGGUUAGUGGAGAGAUCCCUAGGGUGACACCUUGGGAAUGUGGCAUUUCAGGAGGGCUUAGGUGGGUGGGGAGUGAAGGCGUGCAAGGAAAAGGGGGCGAAUGGAUCAAGGACGAGGAAAUCAUGGACGAACGUUACGCUGCUAUCGAUGUAGCCGGGAAAGGUCUCGUCAUAUUCUCUGCUUGUUCGCAUGCAGGUAUCGUGAACGUCGUUCGAGAUGCAAUAUCCAAAUUCUCCAGGCAAGUGUACAUGAUCAUUGGCGGCCUACACCUUGCAGGUCCCGAAUUGACAGAGCGCAUUCCACCGACCGUGAAGUUCUUGACGGAGAAGAUGCGGCCCGCACCAGCAUACGUCUUGCCAAUGCAUUGUUCCGGUUUCGCUGCCAAGGUGGCGUUGGAAGCUGCGCUGGGCGAGGGAUGCGUUCCUGCCGGUGUCGGGAUGAAGGUUGAAGUGCAAGGCGAUCGGGAUGCGGAGAAGAUGAUGAUGCUCCCGACAAUUUCGUGA